AUUUCUUGAACAGAAUCCCCAUCUUCAGUGGAAUCGGAGACCGCCGUCUCCCAGUUUCAACAAGGGAUCAUCACUGCAGAAGUGACACCUUUAUUGGCAAUUAACAUCGUACAAGACGCAGAUGAGCCAACAUCCACCGUUGAAUAUGACACGCUAGCGCCAGAUCAGCCACUGGUUCAGAUGGACCAAAAAAGAGCAGCACUUGGUUCCAAUGAGAUAGCAGUCACCUUUGAUGAUGAUUCUAUUGGUUUUGGAUCAAAAAGAGAAUGCGAGAGAAUGAUGUCAACUAAGGAAGACAUUGCUGUUUGUAGUAAUGAGAUAGAAUCAUCAAACAUUGGCAGUGCUGUUAAAGGUCGUGAAAAGUCACAACAGGGCAGUUUGUUAAUUGAAGUUGAAAACAUUGCGACUCUUUCUGAAUUUGAGGAGUUCAAGAUCUAUUGCAUCAAAGCAAAAGAGAAACUUAAAAAUCAUGACGCCAUGGAACAGAGUUGUAAGGACAUGCAAGAUGAGCUGAACCGACUUAAGUUAUGCGUAAAAGAAGCAGACAAGCAGAGACUUAAGCAAGAGAGAGUAAUGAUUGAAAACAAAGUACUUGCUGCAAAGAAUGAAGAAUUGUCCCAAAAAGUGGAUUUUCUAAGUAAACAGCUCGAAAAGGAAGUCUCUUCCAGAGCAAAUGACAAAGGGUACAUCUUCAGUUUAGAAAUAGAAUGCGAAACAGUUAGGGAAGAAUUGGAAAAGCAAAAUGAAGAUAGGAUGAAAUCGCUCAAGUUGAUAGAGAGUAAGAAAGUUCAAGAAGCAAAUGAUAUUCUGGCCAAAAUAGAACCAAAUUCUUUAAAAGAGAAACUAUUGCAAGCUAAUUUAAUCUGUGAAGAUACAAAGAUAAAUCUAGAAUUAGUUGCAAAGAAGGCCAAUGAAUGGUCUGAGGUUGAAGAUCUUGUGAGGUCAAAAUCUUCUGAGUGCAGACCUUUGACGGAAGAUCUUAGACAAAAUGGAAUAGGCUCAGACCAAUGCAGUUCAGAAGUUGGCUCACAGGCAGUAAAUGUGAAAGAUUUCAUCGGCAUUUUGCUUAAGGAGCAGGAGCGUGCUAAGAAAAUUAUUGCAGAGCAAAACAUUCAAUACAACGAGCUGAAAACCAGACACGAUGCUGUGUUGGCAAAGAACAACGAACUGCAAAACGACAUUUCUAGAUUAGUGCUCACUGAGCGAGAGAACUCUGACCUUAGAAAGAGGCUUCAGAAGCUAUCUAGUGAGCGUGGCAUCGUGAGAAAGAAUCUGGACUGGCAAGUAGAGAAGGAAAGCGAGAUCGAACUGCUGAGUGAAACAAACAGCACUUUGAUGACAGAGAAUGAGAGACUUCGCUCACAUGCUGAUCAACUUGUGCAAGAGAAAAGUGAAUGUGAAGUGGUGCUUGGUCUUCUUGAAAAAGAAAAUGAAGGUCUGCUAGAAAAAGCAAUCAAGCUUGAUGAUUUAGAAUUGCACCAGAAUAGACGACAAGAUGAUGUAAAAGGGUUACAGGAGGAGAUUUUAUUUUUGGGAGAAAUCAUCAGAGAGAAAGAUGCAGAGAAGAUGAGGCUAGCAGAAGACGUUCUUGAUUUACAAGAAAAGCUAGAAAACGAAGAAUUCAAAUACUUAGAGGCACACGAAGAGAAUGAGUGUUUGAAGUCAGAGAUAUCUGAUUACAAAAUCAGAUUUGAUCAGCUCAAAAGUGAUUAUAAAAUGAACCAAGAAGUGGCCAUAGAGCAACGUGGCACAAUUUCCUCUUUGAAUCUACGGAAGGCAGACCUUGCAAUAGAAAUCGACCAUUUAAAAUCUCAUCUCGGGAGCCUAAGAAAAAUCAAAGACGAAAACGAGGCACUUUACAGUGAAGUUCGAAGCACGAAAAAAGAUUUAAAAGAAAUGGAGAGCCAGUAUCAUCGUGCUAAGUUUGAAGUCGAUAGAUUCAAAAAAAAGAAUGAAGAAAUGUUUGCUGACUUUAAUUCAGCUGCUGAGGUGUUUUCUAUGGAGAAGAAACAGUUGCUUCAGAAAUGCAUCAGUUUAGAAAAGUUUAUGGCAAAGGAAAGGUUGGAAUAUGAAGCUAGCUUAAAUGAGACUGAAAGAGAGAAGGAGGUUCUCAAAUCAGAGCUUGGCAUGAUCGAUGGCUGUCAUAAAUUUAAUUUAGAGGCAAUGGUCAAGCUUCGUGAUGAGCUGGCUGAAUGCAAGAAAAAUCUGGCGGUCUAUGAAGUGAAUGAUAACAGACCAAGAGAUGACCCAAGAUGGAAACUUGCAGAAAACAAUAAAUACGAGGCAAAGCUGAAGAAUUGCUUUUGCCAAAUAACACAAUUAGAAUACGAAAUAGAGAGAAGAGGAAAAGUUAUCAAAGAAAACGAAGAAGACUUCAAGAAAUUUGCAACCAAAUAUAAAGAAAUCAAGGCUGAGAGAGACGAGCUGCGAAACGAAUACUUCCAGUCUAAAGUAUCGGUGCAGAAGCUUGAAUCUCAGCAACAUCUUAUAGUUCGAAAGAGUCGAAGCCUUGAGUCACAGGUUGUUGAGUUAGAGAAAAAGAACGAUCGCCUUUUGGCGGAAAAGAAAGAGAUUGAAAAGCUGUACUUUCAGUGUCUGAAGGACAAUGACAAAUUUUGCCAGAGCAUUCACACUCUGGAUAUGACACUCAAGUUAUCAAAGAGCAGAAACGAAAAUCUUGGAGCCUCAAAACAAGCUGCUCAGAAGGAGCCUGAGCCCACAGCCACUGAAUAUACUGGCGCUGAAGCAAAGUGUGACGAAAGCUGUGAAGAUAAUUUGCAAAAAACAGGAAGUUGCUAUAAAACUGAACCAUUUGGUCGGUCAUUAUUUGAUAAUAAUCUAUAGACUUUUUUCAUUUACUUAUAAAUAUCUAAAAAUCCUUGGUAAACAAACAGGCUAAUAAAUUUUUGCAGAAAGUUGCUGUAUUUUAUUCAAAUGAUUCUAGCAUGUAUAUAUAUGGAAGAAAUGAAAUUUGUAAAUAUGUAAAAUUGUGAAUCUUUAUGUACUAAUAUUUGCUGAUGAAAAUCCACAUGUUUUUUUGUGAUAUUGACCUCUGAUGACACUUAACAAAUGAUUGAACAAAAAUUGUCAAUUCAUCAUUUUUAAAGUUGUGCUCAAAACCUCUUAGAUAAAAGACGAACCAGAGCAUAUACCAGAAAUUUGAGACGCACUUGGCUUACCCGACAUCUGUCCUGGCCGUGUGAAAAUUUUUGAGCCAUUCGAUUGGUACCUUUGGUACAAAAUAGCUUUUUCGUACCUCUAUCUAGAAGGACUGUAAGUCCGCCGAAAGCGGGGGUAUUUACUGAUCGCAUUUUCAAGGUACACUCGUAAACUAAAGUGUAAUCCGGGUCAAGUCAUAUCAAGUCAUAACAAGCCUGUUUAAAUAAAUACAGCCAUACAUGGGUUACAUCGAUGUGCCAGUUAGACAUGUGACCACAGCCGCAAAUCAACGAUAAUCAGCUUAACAAGUCAAACGAUUUCCAGACCUCAACUAAAAACUUUGAUAAAGAAGUUAUGGAAACUUCCGCUUACAUGAAUUUUUUUGCAUUUUUAACCUUCUGCUAGUUUCAAACAUGGUAUCAUUGUGUGCCUUAAA